AUGGCUGCUCGCCGUCCGACUCUCACGCAGAGCCCGGUGGACCUUGGCAUGGAGGCUGAGGGUCCGAGCCAGGUUGGCAGCGCAUCGAGCCUAGCCGGUGAUGACACCGAGCGGCCCAUGUCUAGGAAGGCGAGUGGUGGCAGCAGCAGGAAGCACGUGACCAUCAGCGACGACACCUCCACCCUCCAGUAUGAUCCAGACAAGCCGUCAUCAACACCGGCCCAGCCACCACCGAAGCCCGUGGUGUCGUACAAACCCUCCCGGCGAUCGGAAGUCUGGGAUAAUCGCGGAGAGGUCGUAGAUUCAUCCGACGAAGAGCACCCGCAGAACCGGGGAAUGCAGCCCUUCGAGGUGGAGCGGGGGAGGACUGGAGGUGGUGGAGGUGAUCGCUGUUCCGACAAGUGUGAUCGUUGCACAGAUCGCUGCACCGACCAGUGUGUGACGAUGUGA